CAACAAAAGCGCGUCGAAUGCGAAGAAGCAGGGACAAAGCGUGCGCCUGUCGAGAAUGGGUUACUAGCUAAAGCACAUUGCCGUGUGCUCGCCGUCUCGUCAAUCCAAUCGCUCGCCCAUUCAGUCUUACCGUCGUCGUUGUCGUCGUCGUCCUCGGGCUGCCAGUCCAAAGUUCCGAGCUAUGGCCCAACCGUCGUCCUUAGCUUCCAACAACCCCUUCCGCCGCAAAGCUGCGAUUGUCCCUUCCGUCGCUUCCGUUACGGCCGUCCCAGUUCCUACUCUUUCGCCUGCUGUUGACGGUUACCCCCCCGAGACACCUUUGGCUUCCGCCUCAAUUCCUUCGCUGCCGUCCAGUGACCUUUUCCGAAGUCAGCUGCAGUCUCUCGGACAACAAUCAACCCCGCCCCCGCCGGCAACGAGCUUUCAGAAACCAAAGGUUGUGAAGAAGGUCCGGGUACAGUCGCCGCCGCCGUCAUCGCCUGAGUCGGCUGGCGUGCCCGAUGGCCUUCCUCCCGCCGAGAGGGACAGCCAAGACGACAGCACUUCCAGCGACGAUGACGAUGAGUCUCGGGGCCCCUUCGGCUACGUUGCGCCAGUCGGCGCUACCGACGGGUGGUCCAAAGGGGUCCAACUAUCAUCACAAUCACAUGGACCGCCACCGAAUCCUUUCCAGAAGACGCUGCAGAACCUUGAGCUAGGGCAGAGAGACGUGGAGCACGGCUCGGGCGCAGUGCCGGCAAUAAAAGGCUCAUUGGACGUGGAUGCGUUUAGACGCCUGCUGUUGACAGGCCAGGCCGGCAAUCCGGGUUCAUCCCCGGCUGCUGCAUCCUCGCCGGGGUUGAUGCCGGCACCCAUACUGCAGGUGGCGCCGUCGACAACGUUUGCGGGCGAUGGGGCAAGCACGGCCGAUACUUCUUCUGUCUCACGCCAAUCGAUUUUCGAUGCCGCACCCCCCGUCCAGGAUACGCCGCGUACUUCACACGAGAUAUCGGAACCAGAAAUUGAGGAUGACCAGCACGGCCUGAUUGGCGGUCCCCGGCCAAAAUUGCAACCUCCGACAACACUAAGAAAAAAGCCUCCGCCUCCGAGCUCUCGUCACGGGAAGCUAAUAAAGCCAGAGGUCAAGGCCCAGGAUCGAAGUCAGACAUGGGGCACAGAUGGUGUUGCUGGGCCCUCGUCUUCGUUAUCAAACCAGCUGAACCGAUCGGCUACCUCGCCCCUCGCGUCGCCUUCCAGACUACAGCAGCCUGCUUCCUCUAAUGUCAACAAGCCGCUGCCCCCUGCACCCGAGAUAUUUUUCUCCGACGACGUAGCAGAAAGUAUAUUUGAUCGCGAAGCAGCUGGCAAGAUUCCCGAACUGGAUGUCGAGCCCGAAGUAAUCGCCUCUCAGCCUCCACGGCCACCGACGCCUCCAAAUGCCUCUCUUGGGGCGUCGACCGCUACUGGUGCAUCGUCACCAACGCCUAAGAAGCCUCCGCCGCCACCAAGACGGCAACCCCAUGGGCGGCCAGAGAGCAGGAUUUCUACUCCGGCUAGUACUCCGGCAGUGAUAUCAGCAGCUCAACAAGACGAUACAGACCAAUCCAUGAGGCGGUCCUCGCUAGAUUCCGUCAGGUCCCGCUCUUCUAGCCUCCGUGUUAGUGUCCAUGCACCGGCGCCACCACCGCCCCGGCGGCCAGCGCACGCCUCUCGCGCCUCAAGUUCCUUUGCCUCUCCAUCGGCUACGGGUUUUUUGGCCUCCAUAUCUGGCGCCCAAGAUCGGAGUCCUUUAGACACGUCCGAGUUCUCGCCGCUGCCCGGUAGCCUGUCGUCGCCUUCGGACAAGGAUACCGAGGCAGGGAACGCCGGCGGCCAACCAGUAUAUAGCGUAGUUUCCAUUGCUUCUUCCUCAGAUAUUCCCAACCUACCGACACCUCCUUCUAGCCAUAGCCACAUCAGCAAGCUAUCCCCCCCACCUCCACCACCCGCGCGUAACGCAUCUGUCCGCUCCAAAAGACCGUCGAGCGUCUCCUCUUUUGAUGCGACCUCUCGGCGGGUGGGCGGCCGCGCAAAAGAUGGCAGUUCUGCUUCGCAGCCGUCGACAAUGGCACCGCCGCCGCCGCCUAGGGCACGUGGCAGCAGCCGCAGCAGUGUCGAUGGACAGCUAGCCUAUUCGUCACAUGUAACGGUAUCGGCGCCGCCUCCACUGCCGCCGGCCGCCCGGAGGACAAGCGUCGACAGUGUGCGUAUCCUCAGCGAGACACUGGCGGAAGAACCGGGCCUCGAAGGAGGAGAAGAAUAUGGGCUCCAGCGAGAAGUUCAGGAUGCGACGGCUGUAAAUGAUAUUUUGGCGGAUCUUACCGCACUGCAGCGCGAGGUCGAUGCGCUCAGGGGGGAGUACGAAAAGGUGGCUCCCUCGGGGUAAAAUGAGGUUUGCAGUGAUGUAUGCGGUAGGUGGCCACGACUGUUGGGCAUUUAUUGACGAGCCUGUCAUAGACUUGGGUUGGGUAGGAUUGGGUUUAUUCGAAGCGGAGGGAAGCAGCGCGAGAAAUGAUCAUGGCAUUGUAUUUGAUAAAUCGCAGUGGUAGG